AUGCCCCGGUUCAAAGGUGUUCAUCAGCCUUUCAAACCCAAGAAGCCGUACUGGCUCAAAAAGCCAAAGACCGAAGCUCAACGCAAACAUUUUGCACGGAUGGCUGCGGCCGUACAGGCUCAUAUGCCAGCGGUGCGCUCAACAGUGCCAAACCCACAUCAUUUGGCCCAAUCUUUGGAUUCCGACGAAUACGAUGUCAACGCUAACCUUUUAAAUCACUUGGAUAAUCAGUAUCUUGACCUCGGACUCGGACCUCUAGUACCUGGUUUUAUUGAUGACAUCGAACGUGCACGUGUCGAAGAUGAACGACAGGAACGAGCACUUGCAUUGCAACGUGCCACUCAAGAGAUGUUCUACGCAUAUAUUGAAUGUCAUCUCCAUACGACCGAAUGGGGGGAUCCAACCCAGUGGGACCUGGAUCAGAAACCGCAGUGUACUUGUCAAGGUCAUCAACUUCGAGUUAGACACCUUGAUCUUGUUGACAUCCUAUGUACAUUCAGCUGUGUCAUUUCCCAUUUGACUUUUACUAUUGCUACGUCCUCAAAUAGAAAUCGUGAUGCUGAUGUAGUUGUUAUUCACUUUUUAGAUCGAAAGAAGUUGGAGGUGACAUUUUGCGGAUGUCAUCAGAACGAUAACACCAGGCUCAUCUACAUGGGAUACAUCGGAGGCUCGCCAAAAUACCCCGAGACUGCGUUUUCAAUACGCCUACUCAGAUUCUUCCACACCACUUGGAAGUACUGUACAAGUCGUGUGGAACCUUGGACCAGAGGACUUGACGAAUAUCUGGAUGCCUUCAAUCCACUGUUACUGACCAAGAACGAACAGCCACGUCAAUGGCACACCCCAUUUCAAUGGGCUAUUGACACAUAUCGAAAGAUGCUCACAGCCACCGAUAAAGCCCUUGAUGUUGAACUCUCUCUAACUCCCAAGGAUAAGCUUGCCGAGAACUGCCCGCGAUGUUUUGGCACCCCAGUGCCAAGUACUGUUGAAGCAGCUGGAACCAAGGCCGCAAAGAUUCCAACAGUCAUGCCCGACAAUUUCUUACCUGAGGCUCAAGUAACUCAAAUGGAACAUCGCCUUGCUGGAAUGCCGGAAGAAGAAGCAGGGCAUUGGGCUGGAUGUGACGAAACAGGGUUGAUGGCAAUGGUCUGCCGACAUGAUCACCCUAUUCGUUUUGCCAACAUCAUUCAGAGUGGCGAAAAGCAAGUGCCUGACUCUGAGUCAUAA